GUUGCAAUUUCUAUACAGGGUGUACCUAUUGUUACUUUUGCACUUGGCACAUGGCAAAUUAAAAGAUGGCGAUGGAAAUUGGAUUUAUUAAAAACCCUAAAAUAUCGUACUUCUGCAGAGCCAAUUGAUUUGCCAUCUGAUUUAGAUGAACUGAAGCAUAAGGAAUAUUACCCUGUAAAGGUAAAGGGAAAGUUUUUGUAUGAAAAGGAAUUUUUGAUGGGGCCUAGAAGUCUCAUUCUAGAUGGAGAGGCUGUCAGUGAAAAAAGUGCUGGAGUAUUUUCUCGCAAGUCGGGCACAGGAUAUUAUGUGAUCACACCUUUUAAACUAGAAGAUCGGGAUUUGACUAUUAUGGUGAAUCGUGGAUGGAUAACUAAAAGUGAUCGUGCAUCAUUUAAAAUGGAAAAUAAGAUUACAGAUUCUAUGGAAAUCAUCGGCGUUAUUAGAGCAACUGAAAAACGACCUACAUUUGUACCUGCCAAUGCUCCUUCAAAAGGGGUAUGGCAUUACAGGGAUUUAAAUGCAAUGGCAAAGAUAGCAGAAGCAGAACCUGUAUAUAUAGAAUUAUUACCUGGGUAUAGCACACCACGAGGUCCAAUUGGUGGCCAAACAAGAGUAACUUUAAGAAACGAACAUUUAAGUUAUAUAAUCACUUGGUAUGGGUUAUCUGCAAGCACAGGUUACAUGUGGUUUCGAUAUUUUGUGCAGAAAUUACCUCUCAUUUAGUCGCAUUUCUUAGAGAAAGAGAUAGAAAUUUAUCUGAAACAUGUAAAAAUGUAUGAGAAAAAUUUAGCUAUUCUUUAAUUGCAAUUAUAUACCCUACAUUUUUCAUGUAAAAUCUUUUUAUAAAAAAGAUACGAAAAAAGAAGAUAAAGCAACGUUAGCUUCUGUGAUUAUAGAUUUAUUUAUAGAAUUCUUUAUUCUGUAAACAUAAUAAUUGUAAGUGUAAUCUCCAUUUCUCUCAAAGAAAUAUCGUUUAUUGUUCUUUCACAGAAGAAAUGUAGACUUUAUCAUCUUUUAUUAAUCAUUAAUAAUAAUAAUAACAAUGACAACGAUUACUAUUGAUAAAAUCGUCAAGGAUAGUCAUGGUAUGUACAAUGUACUUCCUGUUGAAAUUAGCAUAAAAAAUAUCUUUAUAUAAAAUAUGAAAAUAUACAAUAUACAGGUUACAUCUUGAUCAUUAGUAUAUUUGUAUAUACUAAUGACUAAUGAUAAUAAUAAAAAAAAGAUUCUUUAGAAAAGCAAGAAUCAAGGAGGAUUAGCAGGAUUGUCGGAUUGUAAUAAAAAUAAUAAAAUAUUUCUCUUAUUAACGAUGAUAAUUAUUCUCUCAAAUUUCGUGUUAAUAAAUUUCAUUAUCAUCCGCGUAUUUUUUUUAUAUCUUUUGUUUAUAACAGACAAUUUACAUAUUUUGUUCUUAAUACUUAAAUAUAGUAAACUAUUUUUAUAUCUAGAACUGUUUGGUGUAAAAAUUUAUAUAAUCAUGUUUCAACAACUAUCUUUUUUAAAUGGAAUUUUUAAACUAUCUUUCGUUUCACUGAUAUUUCAUUGAAUCGUGAAAAGCUUUUGGUAGAAAAAAAAAACGAUAAAAUUUUAUUACGAUUACCAUUUUCAUUUCAUUGGUGUUUAUGUUAUAUUCAUUAUGUCUUUCUCAAUUAUGAAACAAGAUGUUCGUAUAUUUUAUUGUCGCGAUGCGAUGUUCUAAAUAUAAAUUCAAACGCAUCGAUAAAAGUAUCGUUUUUAUCUAUAAGGCUUGGCGAAAAAAAGAAAUUCUUGUGUCUUCGUUAUAUCGAUAAGUCAAUAAUCAAGAAAAAUAUUUGACAUUUAAUUGUAGAGAAUUAAAGAGAAGAGAGAUUCGUAAUCUUUUAUAUAUUUUUUUUAAUUUAUCUUACAAAUGCUAAUUGAAAACUACAGAAAAAUAAAGUGUAUAACAUAUAUCAGUAAUAAAGAAAUAGACUGUUAUAAUAGCUCGAUAAUUGAGGAACUUUGUUACAUUUAAUAAAUUUCUAGAAUAAAGUGUGGAAAGAUAAAAUUUCUUUAUUUAACAAUUGUUCUAUAAUAUGUACGCUUAUAUAAUUCUCUAAAAUUUAAUUGUCAAUCGUGUCUCCGAUAGAAUUCUCGCUUUGGCAACAAAA